AGCUGCUGGCCAAGGUCCUGUCGGCGCUGCCUGGAGGAAGGAGCGGCGAGGAGCCGUACUUUUCUGUAUCUGAAGUUCCUGGUAGUGUGGGCCCUAGUACUGUUGGCAGAUUUUGUCCUGGAGUUCAGAUUUGAGUAUCUGUGGCCAUUCUGGCUCUUCAUCAGGAGUGUUUACGAUUCCUUCAGAUACCAGGGUUUGGCCUUUUCAGUAUUUUUUGUUUGUGUAGCAUUCACAUCAAAUAUAAUAUGUCUGCUCUUCAUACCAAUACAAUGGCUGUUUUUUGCUGCCAGCACGUAUGUUUGGGUACAGUAUGUCUGGCACACAGAGAGGGGUGUGUGCUUACCAACAGUAUCACUGUGGAUACUUUUCGUUUAUAUUGAAGCAGCCAUUAGAUUUAAAGAUUUAAAAAACUUCCAUGUAGACCUAUGUCGUCCAUUUGCAGCACACUGUAUUGGCUAUCCUGUUGUGACUUUGGGCUUUGGCUUUAAAAGUUACGUCAGCUACAAAAUGCGUUUAAGAAAACAAAAAGAAGUGCAGAAAGAGAAUGAGUUCUACAUGCAGCUUCUCCAGCAAGCUCUGCCCCCCGAACAGCAGAUGUUACAAAGGCAAGAGAGGGAGGCAGAGGAAGCAGCCAAAGGAUUAUCUGAUAUGGAUUCCUCAAUACUUUUGCAGCACAAUGGAGGCAUUCCAGCUAAUAAAAAAAUAUCUGCAACGUUGCCAGAGCUAGAAUAUAGAGAAAAAGGGAAAGAAAAGGACAAGGAUGCUAAGAAACACAACCUUGGAAUAAACAACAAUAUUUUGCAACCUGUAGACUCUAAAAUACAAGAAAUUGAAUAUAUGGAAAACCAUAUCAAUAGUAAAAGAUUAAAUAAUGAUCUUGUAGGAAGUACAGAAAACCUCUUAAAAGAGGACUCAUGCACUGCCUCGUCCAAAAAUUACAAAAAUGUCAGCGGAGUUGUGAACUCCUCGCCUCGCAGUCACAGUGCAACUAAUGGGAGCAUCCCUUCCUCAUCUACUAAAAAUGAGAAAAAACAGAAGUGUGCUAGCAAAAGCCCAAGCACACAUAAGGACUUAAUGGAAAAUUGUAUUCCUAAUAACCAGCUAAGCAAACCAGAUGCACUGGUAAGGUUGGAACAAGAUAUUAAAAAGUUAAAGGCUGACCUGCAAGCAAGCAGGCAGAUUGAACAGGAGCUACGUAGUCAGAUCAGUUCUCUGACUAACACAGAGCGGGGAAUUCGGUCUGAAAUCGGACAGCUCCGGCAAGAAAAUGAACUGCUUCAGAACAAAUUACACAAUGCUGUACAAAUGAAACAAAAAGACAAACAAAUGAUCAGCCAGUUGGAGAAGAAACUAAAGGCAGAGCAGGAGGCACGAGCCUUUGUAGAAAAACAAUUAAUGGAAGAAAAGAAGAGAAAGAAGUUGGAAGAAGCAACUGCUGCACGUGCUGUCGCCUUUGCUGCUGCUACAAGAGGAGAAUGUACUGAAACUUUACGAAAUCGUAUCCGAGAGCUGGAGACAGAGUGUAAGAAGCUAACAAUUGACAUAAAGCUGAAAGAAGAUCAGAUACGAGAACUAGAAAUAAAAGUUCAGGAGCUGCGGAAGUACAAGGAAAAUGAGAAGGAUACGGAGGUGUUAAUGUCAGCACUUUCAGCCAUGCAGGAUAAAACACAGCACUUAGAGAACAGCCUGAGUGCAGAGACAAGAAUCAAGCUGGAUCUGUUCUCUGCAUUAGGAGAUGCAAAACGGCAGCUUGAGAUUGCCCAAGGGCAAAUCAUUCAAAAAGAUCAGGAAAUCAAGGACCUAAAACAGAAGAUUGCAGAAGUUAUGGCAGUAAUGCCCAGCAUAACAUACACUGCAGCCACCAGCACUCUGAGUCCUGUUUCCCCACAUUACUCUUCCAAAUUUGUGGAGACCAGCCCUUCUGGACUUGAUCCCAAUGCCUCUGUUUAUCAGCCCUUGAAGAAAUGAAUGCCAAUUUUCUUUUUGCCCAGUAAUUUUGUCAUGCUGAAGGCAUCACACAGGAGUGUCUCUUGCAGUCAAGAUGAAAUUGUAUUGUGUGAGACUGUAUUUGUUGUCAUUUAAAACAGGAUAAAAAGAACAUCUGGAUUGACUAGAACUGCCCAUCAGUUUUUCUUGUAAAUUUUUAGAAAACCUCACAGAACUUUGCAAUUUAUUUUCCUUGGCCAAUGCAUUAAAAACAAUUCUUGGUUUUCAAGUAGCCAAUUUUGCCUUUUUAUGUACUCUUGCAUGGUUUCCUCUUGAAAAAUACAGGGCUUUGCUUGAUUUUGAACCCUUUCUUCUUUUUUUUUUUUUUUUUUUUAAAUAAUCAAGUUGAAUUUGCAGAUUCAUUCAGAAAUAGUGAGGAAAAAACUUUAGUUUUACAGUGAAAGGGUUAAAUAAUCUAACAAAGCUUUGAUUUAUAGAUGUAUUAAAUACAAAUAUGUGAUGUUGCAGAAGAUAAUUUGAUUACCCCUCAAAGGACCAAACAAAUUUCAGGGGCGUUGUUUAAGGGAAAGAAUAAGAGAAUAGAUGAUGAUGUGACGGUUGUUGUUGUGUGAAAUAUUUAUAUUCCCAUUGGUGUUUUUAGUCAUUGAGAAUUGCUAACAGUCUUGUUCACAGUGCCUUGGGAAAAGACAUUUCAAGAGGAAACUUGAUAGUUUAAACUAUUUUUUCCCCCCUUCACUGUCAUCUAGCUUAUAUAUCAAGCUCAUUACAGAGUCUACUGCAAAUUGUACAUGGUAAUUUGGAUGUUCAUUAUAAACCAAGGUUACAUCUCCUGUUUAUUUUGAUAUAAACUCAGCAGUGUUCUGUAACUUGCCUUGAUUAUACUGCAUCAUGGAAGGCACAAUAUUAAUACAGGAAGCGUUAUUGUGAAGGCGGAACUGUGCAAUGUACUGUAUACAAGAGACUGUAAAGCUGGCUAAUAAAAGCUGCAGUUCUGGGUUUUUUU